GCCGAGCGGGCGCAUGCGCCUUGAGGCGGGGCUGGCUGCGGCGUCUCGGAGCGGGUCUGGGCGGCUCCAGUGUUUUGGGGCCUGGGAGCUGUGGGAGGAGCCGGCGGCCUCACCGUGGUAACUGCAUCCCCGCCCGGGCUCCUCCUUGCAGGCCUCGGGCCUGUCAUCGCCUUUGGGGGUCCGGGGACUUUGGCCACCGUUUCCGGAAAUAGCCCCGCCGGCUUUUUUCAGGCACCCCCAUUCUCCCCACGUCGUCGCCGCCGCCGCCAUGCAGGGGGAGGACGCGAGAUACCUCAAAAGGAAAGUUAAAGGAGGAAAUAUUGAUGUACAUCCAUCAGAAAAAGCACUCGUCGUUCAAUAUGAAGUGGAAGCUACCAUUCUUGGAGAAAUGGGGGAUCCCAUGUUGGGAGAACGAAAAGAAUGCCAAAAAAUCAUUCGUCUUAAGAGUCUCAAUGCCAACACAGAUAUAACUUCGCUGGCACGGAAGGUGGUUGAAGAAUGUAAACUCAUUCAUCCCUCAAAACUGAAUGAGGUAGAGCAGCUGCUCUACUAUCUCCAGAACCGUCGCGAUUCCUUGUCAGGAAAGGAAAAAAAAGAAAAGUCAAGCAAGCCUAAAGAUCCACCUCCUUUUGAAGGAAUGGAGAUUGAUGAAGUUGCUAACAUUAAUGACAUGGAUGAAUACAUUGAGUUAUUGUAUGAAGAUAUUCCUGACAAGGUUCGGGGUUCUGCUUUGAUCCUGCAACUUGCUCGAAAUCCUGAUAACUUAGAAGAACUGCUAUUAAAUGAAACUGCCCUUGGUGCACUAGCAAGAGUCCUGAGAGAAGACUGGAAGCAAAGUGUUGAGUUAGCUACAAACAUAAUUUACAUCUUUUUCUGUUUUUCCAGCUUUUCUCAGUUUCAUGGACUUAUCACUCACUAUAAAAUUGGAGCUUUGUGUAUGAAUAUCAUUGAUCAUGAAUUAAAAAGACAUGAGCUUUGGCAAGAAGAACUUUCUAAGAAGAAGAAAGCUGUUGAUGAAGACCCUGAAAACCAAACCUUGAGAAAAGAGUAUGAAAAAACCUUUAAAAAAUACCAGGGGCUUGUGGUAAAACAGGAACAGCUCUUACGAGUUGCUCUUUAUUUGCUUCUGAAUCUUGCUGAGGAUACACGCACAGAGCUGAAGAUGAGGAACAAGAACAUCGUUCACAUGCUGGUGAAGGCUCUUGAUCGGGACAAUUUUGAGCUGCUUAUUCUAGUUGUGUCAUUCUUGAAAAAACUCAGCAUUUUUAUGGAGAAUAAAAAUGAUAUGGUGGAAAUGGAUAUUGUUGAAAAACUGGUAAAAAUGGUACCUUGCGAACAUGAAGAUCUGCUGAAUAUCACCCUCCGACUUUUACUGAACCUGUCCUUUGACACAGGACUGAGGAAUAAGAUGGUACAAGUUGGACUGCUGCCCAAACUCACCGCACUCCUAGGCAAUGAAAACUACAAACAGAUAGCAAUGUGUGUCCUUUACCACAUAAGCAUGGAUGACCGCUUCAAAUCAAUGUUUGCAUACACUGACUGUAUACCACAGUUAAUGAAGAUGCUCUUUGAAUGUUCAGAUGAACGAAUUGACUUGGAACUGAUUUCUUUCUGCAUUAAUCUUGCUGCUAACAAAAGGAAUGUACAGCUUAUCUGUGAAGGGAAUGGGCUGAAGAUGCUCAUGAAGAGGGCUCUGAAGUUCAAGGACCCACUGCUGAUGAAAAUGAUUAGGAACAUUUCCCAGCAUGAUGGACCAACUAAAAACUUAUUUAUUGAUUAUGUUGGGGAUCUUGCAGCCCAGAUCUCUAAUGAUGAAGAGGAGGAGUUUGUGAUUGAGUGUUUGGGAACUCUCGCAAACUUGACCAUUCCAGACUUAGACUGGGAAUUGGUGCUGAAGGAGUACAAGCUAGUUCCAUACCUCAAGGACAAACUAAAACCAGGUGCUGCAGAAGAUGACCUUGUUUUAGAAGUGGUGAUAAUGAUCGGGACCGUGUCUAUGGAUGACUCUUGUGCUGCAUUGCUAGCCAAGUCUGGGAUAAUCCCUGCACUCAUUGAAUUGCUGAAUGCUCAACAAGAAGAUGAUGAAUUUGUGUGCCAGAUAAUUUAUGUCUUCUACCAGAUGGUUUUCCACCAAGCCACGAGAGAUGUCAUAAUUAAGGAAACACAGGCUCCAGCAUAUCUCAUAGAUCUGAUGCAUGAUAAAAAUAAUGAAAUCCGAAAGGUCUGUGACAAUACAUUAGAUAUUAUAGCGGAAUAUGAUGAAGAAUGGGCUAAGAAAAUCCAAAGUGAAAAAUUCCGCUGGCAUAACUCUCAGUGGCUGGAGAUGGUCGAGAGUCGUCAGAUGGAUGAGAGUGAGCAGUACUUGUAUGGUGAUGAUCGAAUUGAGCCUUACAUCCAUGAAGGAGAUAUUCUCGAAAGACCUGACCUUUUCUAUAGCUCAGAUGGAUUAAUUACCUCUGAAGGAGCCCUAAGUCCAGAUUUCUUCAAUGAUUAUCACCUUCAAAAUGGAGAUAUAGUUGGGCAGCAUUCAUUUCCUGGCAGCCUUGGAAUGGAUGGCUUUGGCCAGUCGGUUGGCCUUCUCGGACGCCCAGCCACAGCGUAUGGAUUCCGCCCUGAUGAACCUUACUACUAUGGCUACGGAUCUCGCUAAAGUCGUCCCUUUCCAUAUGUACCCUUAGCUUAGGAGAAACCUGUGUGGGUUGGGUUGACUUUGAAUCUUGAGCUAAUAAUGCAUGUUGAUAUUAUUGCGGUCUGUGCUUGUUUUUGUUGUUUCAUGUUGUUAGCUGCAGGUUAACUCCACCCUCUCCAUCCUGUGUUAAGCACAUCAUCGAGCCACACCUUGAUGCUGGAUAACAUUUCCCAUGACACUCAGAAGUGGAUGCUGAAAAGCAACUAGACUGGAAAACAAACACUACAUUAUGUACAUUAAGUGACUAAUUUAAUUUCUAUUAAAAAGAAACAAAGUGCAAAUGAA